GAGAUAUAGCGGUAGAAGCUUGAGUUUUUCGCUUUCGGGGACUUCGAGUUUGGAAAUGGAGAUGCAAAAGAGUAUGGUCAUGGGUCUUUUUCUUCUUUUAAUCAUGCUAUCUGGUGUGAGAGCUUGGACGGGAGAAAUCCAUGGCAGAGUGGUCUGUGACGUAUGUGGGGAUUCUUCUAUCGGACCUGAAGACCAUGCUUUGGAGGGUGCAGAGGUAGCUGUUCUUUGCAUUACGAAAUCUGGGGAGGUGCUCAAUUAUCAAGCAUUCACGAAUUCAAGGGGGAUUUACUCAGUGGCUGAGACUAUGCCAGAAAGUGAUCGCUGGGAUGCAUGCUUGGCAAGGCCAAUGAGUAGUAUCCAUGAGCAUUGUACCCAACUGGCAGAUGCCAAUUCUGGGGUCAAGUUCAGUUACAGUCAUCCAUCAGGUUAUUCUCAUGCCGUCAAGCCAUUUCUCUAUCGGCCUGCCAAUGUUCCGAUGUACUGCAUCUGAAUGUUAUACUUAAUAUAUAUAUAUAAAUGUAUAAUACAGUAUAAAUUUGUGCUAGUAAGAAAAUGGAUAAACAUGAAAUGAUAUGUAUUUC